GCCGCGCGCGGGCGGAAGCGACGACGGGGGCGGCGCGAGGCGCAGGAGUGUACAUCAGAAGAAGCAAGAAGCGAGCUGGAAUAGUUCCUGAAUGCAAUUUUAAUCUUGUUUGCAGAUUAUUUUGAAGUGAGAAAGACCAUCUGAAUCAGGAGGACGCCUCAGCCUUCAACUGGAGUCAUGUGCUGCUCAUUUAUCGUUUCCUGGUGACAUUGAGUAUGUGCCAGUAUGAUAAGCUGUCAUUGUAAAUAAAAGCCAAAUCGAGAAACUGCCACGUUUUAGGGGACAAGAAUCUGCAGAAUUUAGAUGCUUUGCUUUCAAGGAAAUAGCAUGCAGCUUGCCAGAUCCUCCUUUAGAGUCUUCUGGAGACAUCUCUCUGCUUCUAAGACAACUCUGCCAGUGCUGACUUUAUUCACAAAGAAUCCAUGCCCCCUUUGUGAAGAAGCCAAGGAAAUACUGGAGCCUUAUAAGCACAGGUUUAUUUUACAGGAGGUGGAUAUCACACUGCCAGAAAACUCUGCUUGGUAUGACAGAUAUAAAUUUGACAUUCCUGUCUUUCAUUUGAAUGGCCAGUUUCUGAUGAUGCAUCGAGUAAACACCUCAAAACUUGAAAAACAGCUCCUGAAACUCGAGCAGCAAGAUACUAGUGGCUGACUAAUGCCCUCAUGCUUUUCCACCCUCUCUGACCAUAAGGCUCAUUCCUGAGUAAAUGACCACAGCCACACACUCCUGCUGUUGCUUUCACAGAACACAGAGGAUGUUCUGAACUCAGUUUAGGGCCAAAUACAUGUUGAUAUUCCUCUUCUGAUGGUUGGAAAUGCUCGUGUGGGAACUGCUUGCUUGUUGGCAUUUUCUAGAAUAAGAAGAAUGUGUUGGCAGGACAGGCAUGAUGGAAAGAGGAAACAAUCCAUUUUUUUUAAUUUAUUUUCCCCCCUUGUAUAAGCAUGGAAGCACUUCCCAUGCACUGGUCAGUGCCAUUUGUAGGAAGGUGAAUAUGUGUCCUUUCUGCUGCCCUAGAGAGUUUUUGGGUGAAGGAAUAGAUGAUUUUUUGUGCACCAGAUAAAGUGAAAUGUGAAUUGUUAAUAACCCUGCAGUCAAUAAAGGGACGUUCUAGCAAAUACAUCUGCCUGGAGCCUAUUUUACUGGGAUUUAAUAAUGCCUGUUUAAA